AUGACGACUUUCCAUCGUGUUGGGUUUGUAGGAUCGGACUGGGAGGCACUGAUGCGCGGCGAUUCCGUAACUACAGCGUUUGUGAAGGACGUCGCAGAGUGUGUUGAUGUAUUGGAGGAUAAUGUGCGUGUAGCCGAAUAUAAAGUCGGUGACAACCUCGUGUUUGAUAUCUACGUUGAGCAUAGGAGUGAUGUGGGUGAGGCGGAUGUCGACAAAUUACUGAAGGAGGCGUCUUUUGCACGAGUUUGGGCUAUAUACAAGAAGGAAAAGACACCUGUGAUUAGUGACUUGCAACCUCUGCGUGCACCACUGAGGUUCUCGCCACGUACGCCGUCCUUUUCUUCCUUGCAGCUUCUCCCGUACGGCUACCGUUCUCCGCGUCUUCCUCGGUGGGGUUUGGGCGAGUCCCCGCGGGCUGCGCAGCAUGACUGGCAGACAGCUCAAGGUAGCUCGCGAUACGGGCAGACGCCUGAUGCGAGCUCAAAUAUAUUGCCCGAGACGCAAAGGGGUACCUCGUUGACUGCCGAUGCCCCUGCCACGGACAGGCAGAAGGUGUGCAACGCGUCUCCUGCGCUUCUACGGGCGGGCACGACGAGGCUUCCGUUCCUUUCGCCGGUCCCCCGUCGCACCAGCCCUCAGUCACCAGCCCUUCAGGAAAUGUCCCCGUACAUUAGUAGGCACCCAUUGCGGAACUUGACGCGCGUCCCGCAGCGCCCCCGUCGCGUGAAUCUCCGUGAGGUGUCACAGACGCUUGAGCACAAGCGGUACCAACGGCAACGGGAUGGGGGUCAACGCUUGACCAGUGAUAUGUCGCAGGGAUCGCCGCAAGUUCAUAACCCCGGCUUCUCACGCCCAGGGCCCGUGAACCGCUUUCAGCCAUACCUUGAGAGGUGGCGCCCUCCCCGCAAUUGA